CCGGGACCUAGGAGAGAAAUCCUGACCAAUAGAGAUCUUGGCAGAAGACAUUGUAAGGGGAAAAAAAAGACAGAGAGAAACGCAAAGACUUAUAUUAUACAAGAAACCCACAAACCCAGCUCCGGAAAAAGCCUCCGUCUCCAAAAUGGAUAUGUUCCCUCUCACCUGGGUUGUCUUAGCUCUGUACUUUUCAGGACACGAAGUGAGAGGCCAACCAGACCCACCCUGUGGAGGUCGUUUGAAUUCCAAAGAUGCUGGCUACAUCACCUCGCCCGGUUACCCCCAGGACUACCCCUCCCACCAGAACUGCGAGUGGAUUGUUUAUGCCCCUGAACCCAACCAGAAGAUCGUCCUCAACUUCAACCCCCACUUCGAAAUUGAGAAGCACGACUGCAAGUAUGACUUCAUUGAGAUUCGAGAUGGGGACAGUGAAUCUGCAGACCUCCUGGGCAAGCACUGUGGGAACAUCGCCCCACCCACCAUCAUCUCCUCGGGCUCCAUGCUCUACAUCAAGUUCACCUCCGACUACGCCCGGCAGGGAGCAGGCUUUUCCCUGCGCUAUGAGAUCUUCAAGACAGGCUCUGAAGAUUGUUCUAAAAACUUCACAAGCCCCAACGGGACCAUCGAAUCCCCCGGGUUUCCCGAGAAGUACCCACACAACCUGGACUGCACCUUCACCAUCUUGGCCAAACCCAAGAUGGAGAUCAUCCUGCAGUUCCUGACCUUCGACCUGGAGCAUGACCCUCUGCAGGUGGGCGAGGGGGACUGCAAGUACGACUGGCUGGACAUCUGGGAUGGCAUUCCCCACGUUGGCCCCCUGAUUGGCAAGUACUGUGGGACCAAAACGCCCUCUGAACUCCGUUCAUCAACAGGGAUUCUCUCCCUGACCUUUCACACGGACAUGGCCGUGGCCAAAGAUGGCUUCUCUGCACGUUACUACCUGGUUCAUCAAGAGCCACUAGACAACUUCCAGUGCAAUGUCCCUCUGGGAAUGGAGUCCGGCCGGAUUGCUAAUGAACAGAUCAGUGCCUCAUCGACCUACUUCGAUGGGAGGUGGACCCCUCAACAGAGCCGGCUCCAUGGUGAUGACAACGCCUGGACCCCCAACUUGGAUUCCAGCAAGGAGUAUCUCCAGGUGGACCUGCGCUUUCUGACCAUGCUCACAGCCAUUGCCACACAAGGGGCAAUUUCUAGGGAAACCCAGAAUGGCUACUAUGUCAAAUCUUACAAGCUGGAAGUCAGUACUAAUGGUGAAGACUGGAUGGUGUACCGGCACGGCAAAAACCACAAGGUGUUUCAGGCCAACAGCGACGCGACCGAGGUCGUCCUGAACAAGCUGCACUCGCCGCUGCUGACGCGGUUCAUCAGGAUCCGCCCUCAGACCUGGCACUCGGGCAUUGCCCUGCGGCUGGAGCUCUUCGGCUGCCGAGUCACAGAUGCCCCUUGCUCCAAUAUGCUGGGGAUGCUCUCGGGCCUCAUCUCAGACACCCAGAUCUCCGCCUCCUCCACCCGCGAGUACCUGUGGAGCCCCAGCACUGCCCGCCUGGUCAGCAGCCGCUCUGGCUGGUUCCCCCGCAUCCCUCAGGCCCAGCCGGGCGAGGAGUGGCUUCAGGUAGACCUAGGAGCACCCAAGAACGUGAAGGGUGUCAUUGUUCAGGGAGCCCGAGGAGGAGACAGCAUCACUGCAGUAGAAGCCAGGGCAUUUGUGCGCAAGUUCAAAGUCUCCUACAGCCUAAAUGGCAAGGACUGGGAAUACAUCCAGGACCCCAGGACCCAGCAGCCAAAGCUCUUUGAAGGAAACAUGCACUACGACACCCCCGACAUCCGAAGGUUCGACCCCGUGCCAGCACAGUACGUGCGGGUGUACCCGGAGAGGUGGUCACCGGCAGGGAUAGGGAUGCGUCUGGAGGUGCUGGGCUGUGACUGGACAGACCCAAAGCCCACAGUAGAGACGCUGGGACCCACCGUGAAGAGUGAGGAGACGACCACCCCUUACCCCAUUGAUGAGGAGACCACGGAGUGCGGGGAAAACUGCAGCUUUGAGGAUGACAAAGAUUUGCAGCUCCCUUCAGGAUUCAACUGCAACUUUGAUUUCCCGGAAGAGCCCUGCGGUUGGAUGUAUGACCAUGCCAAGUGGCUCCGGAGCACCUGGACCAGCAGCUCCAGCCCAAAUGACCACACGUUCCCAGAUGACAGGAAUUUCUUGCGGCUGCAGAGUGACAGCCGGAGAGAGGGCCAGCACGCGCGGCUCAUCAGCCCGCUGGUCCACCUGCCCCGAAGCCCGGUGUGCAUGGAGUUCCAGUACCAAGCCACGGGCGGCCGCGGGGUGGCGCUGCAGGUGGUGCGGGAAGCCAGCCAGGAGAGCAAGCUCCUCUGGGUCAUCCGCGAGGACCAGGGCGGCGAGUGGAAGCACGGGCGCAUCAUCUUGCCCAGCUACGACCUGGAGUAUCAGAUUGUGUUCGAGGGAAUGAUAGGGAAAGGACGUACGGGAGAGAUUGCCAUUGAUGACAUUCGGAUAAGCACUGAUGUCCCACUGGAGAACUGCAUGGAACCCAUCUCAGCUUUUACAGGGGGCACCCUCCCGCCAGGGACCGAGCCCACAGUGGACACGGUGCCCGUGCAGCCCAUCCCAGCCUACUGGUAUUACGUAAUGGCCGCCGGGGGCGCCGUGCUGGUGCUGGUCUCCGUCGCGCUGGCCCUGGUGCUCCACCACCACCGGUUCCGCUAUGCGGCCAAGAAGACCGAUCACUCCAUCACCUACAAAACCUCCCACUACACCAACGGGGCCCCUCUGGCGGUGGAGCCCACCCUAACCAUUAAGCUAGAGCAAGACCGCGGCUCGCGCUGCUGAGGGCGGAAGCAAGAACAGCACCCCAAACAAACAAGAAAGACUGCAAACACGUUGCCUCAAUUUUGCACUUUUUCCUCCUCGCCUAGUCUCUAUGUGACUCUCAGAAUCUCUGUCCUGGGUCCCCAACCCUGUGAGCACUCUUAGCGAUCCCAACCAUCCUCCUUCAGUUCCUUUUGGGUUUUGAGUUUUGGGUUUUGUUUUUUUUUCUUAUUUUUUUUUUUUUUUUUUUUGUUGAUUCCAAACCAACAAAACCCAAAUUCUAAUGCUGCAUCUUGGAAUGUCUAAGAAGAGACCCACCCCUAAGCCCUUCACCGCUCAAGGCUCCGGUUCUCUGGUUUUCCCCUUGCCUUACCCCUACCUCCUCUCAGUGGGCAGUCUGCCAGGAGACUUGGGGGGAAAGUGGAUCUGCGUGUCUGUACAUAGUAUACAUUUGCACGUGUGAAUAGCUCUGUGUGUGUGUGUGGGUGUGUGAGAGACUGGCUCGUUGUGUGUGGGGGGAGCGUGUGGGUGUGUUCAGAGAGGGCCCCUUUAAUUCUUGUGUUACUUCUCCUGGGGUACAUUUUACGAGAAAAUAAUAUACUGUACAAGUUCUGUUUACUUGGAGAAGAGAUUGAAGCUUUUUGUUGCCUUAUCUAGCUCUGGCUGGGUUUCUGUUGGCUGUCAUUGUCAUCUCCAGGUACCUAAAAUAAAUAGCGGCCAUAUGGAGUGCAACGUGGCCUCCCCAUCCCUAUCCCCAUCUCCCCAGCCUACCCAACACAAGAGGACGAUUCCCCAGCACACUCAGAUGUGACCCCUUGUCAUGUCUUCUGGUGUCUUUGAAGUUAUCAAGAUAACAGCCUUUGGGUGUGAGUGGAACCACCUCUCCUUCCAGCCCUGAAGCAAAUCUGUCUCAUGUUGCCUUAUAAAAGAGAAGCUCAUAAUGAAUGUUUAGCUUUCAUCGGUUAAGUCCAAUCGUUUGGAAUAAGUCAUAGAGAAUAACGAAUCUGAGACUGGUGUAGGCAAAGCAGUCGUCUGUUUAAGUUGAGAGAAGGAGAAGUUGAACAAGACAAGGAAGAACUGAAAUGUUGUCUCCUCACCCUGGGGGAUUCGUUGGGCCCAACUUAGGAUGAGGUUGAGUAAGAAGGUUGAAAACCAUAUUCUUUGGUAUUAUAUUGGUCGUUGUAAUAGCAUUUGUAAAAUACGGAGGGGAAAAGGAAUCAUGUGCUUUUCUUUCAUGGUGUUAAUGUGUGCCUGAACCUAUAGCCACUAAGAUGUAAGGCUGCCCACCUGACUUAAAUAUCACGGGAGAAAAGAAAGUAAUCAUGUCUUCAAACAUACCAGUGUGCUGCCCCAAAAAGCAUUCAUGGCAUAUGGCAAAUAGACCCUUGUAGGCUGGCCCGGCAUUCGCAGAUGCUGCUGCACUGUCAGAGAGAAGGGUAGAAGAUACAUCCAUUGCUGCUCAUUUGUCCUCUCUAUGAAAUGCAGGGAGAGGGGUGGAUGAUAAUGAUGCUGUACAAAGUAUGGAUUAAAUGAUGAGGCCGAUUCCAUUGGUAGAGAAUGCAUAUUUUAAGAUCCUCACUGUGCUAGGACGCAGCCUUGGGGGAGUUUAUUUUUUACCUUCCUGCCACGAAUCCACUGGGGAGGUACAAAAUUCUCCCCAAAGAUGGUUGCCUGGGUUGAAAGCCUCCAGGCACCUUCUGAGAACAAAAUAGUAAUGCUUUUUUUUUUUCUUUUGGCUGCUUGGCAGAGAGACUUUCAGUAUUCUUUCAGAAUAUCCAGAUAGGUCCCCCCAACAUACAUUCAGCUUUCACAUCUGGUUCAUUUCAUCCUCCUGAAAGAACAGUGCUCUCCCACCCUUACUCUGUUUCAAAGAGCUCCUCUGUCUCGACCACAGCAGCCCUGCCAAGAAGAGAAAAGAUAAAAGGCUAGUGCAUGUGCCACCUUGAAAUUUUAAGAAGUGUCCUACCCCAGCUGAAGAUGGAGAAAGAAUCGGGGCAGGGUGGCCAGCAGCCCAGGGUGCCCUAUGAUGACCAGCAAGCCCAUCACUAGGGCUUUUAUCUCACUGUCCACAGUCCCGCAAAAUGAGUGGCCUUCCUGUAGGGGCCCCAUGAGGUGUGGUGACUCACUUCAUGCAGAGUGGUGACUGUCUGAGUUGCCCUAUACCCUCGAGAAUUCCCCUUUCUAGGAACCUGCUGUGUCUUUAUCUGAUGCCCCCUGUGGCUUCAUCUUUAUGUACAUGCCAUAGUUGAGAAUAUGAGACUGCUCAAAUCUCCGCGAACUCCACGAUACACUUCAGCUGGGGAUGUCACAGUUUCUCUCCCUCUCUCCAUCUCUCACUCUAGCUUGCUUUCUGUCUCUAUCUAUCUCUCCCCUUCUCCUGUCUACCCUCACCCCACCCCAGCAAUUUUCUGUCUAGGUACUGCACUACAAGGGUAGCUCUUCUGUAAAAUGCCAUGCUUUGCAGCUUUCAAAAAAAUAAAAUUCUAUAUUUCAUGGAGGGAGGGAAGAGUCGCUCUCUUCUAAGGAAAUUGACUGGACAGGUGAGUGCAUGCAUGCGUUAGAGUCGCUUCUCAGAACACAACGAGAGGAUAGCAACUAUUAAAAUAUGAAUGAAUGAGUGAGUUGAAAGCCUAGCUGGGGCUGAUAAAGCUUUUGCCUUAUUAGAGGUUUCGCGUCAACACCUUCAGGAGGGAAGCCCUUAUCUCUGGGGUGAAAAUCCCCUUCUUGAUAGUAUGCUAGCAAUUACCAUCACCUAAUUGCUGGCAAAGGCAGAAAAAGAAAAAAAAAAAAGUCAGAGCAUUGCCAUUGACAAAACAGGAUGCUGAAGAUAAAAAUUGUCUUUUCCCUUGUUUCACAUUUUUGGGAUUAAAGCCAGAAUUGAAUAGGAAAUCCAGUAAUAAUUCUGAGGUUGAUAACCCAUCUUUUAAAAGGCCCUGUCUUUAAAACAAAACUAGCAGGCAAGAAAACACCUAAAUAAUCAAAAAUUACCAAAGAACAGCAACAAAACAAGAAAACCUAAAGAUUUUUACUUCCUGAUCUUACCCCCUCCCUGGUACUGUGACAUCCCUGCAUUGCUCAGUUGCCUGUGUGUCAAAAUAACUUGUGGACAUUGGAAACUAUUUGACAAUGUAUUGUGUGGAAUGUAAUAAAAUGAUGAUAUUUUUAUACAAA